AUGGAGGGAUAUCGAAGCUGCAGGGUUGUCAUUGGAAAUGAGGCAAGGAUGAUUCCGGAAGAGGAAAGGGUGAUUCCGGAGCUUACACACGAGUGGAAAGCUUAUGUCAGGGCACCCCUGGAAAUAGUCAAAAAAGUUGAGUUUAAGCUACAUGAGUCCUUCAGUAACAGACUAGUGAGUUCUGAACAUCCGUUUGAAGUUGUAGAAAGAGGAUGGGGUGAGUUUAGUAUCCAGAUAAAGAUUUUUCUGUUCAAUGGAGAGAAGGUGCUGACUAGCCACUUUCUACAGCUUCAUGGUGACUCUGAUGUGGUUAUAAGCGAAAGAGUUGAUGAGAUUGUAUUUAGGGAUGACACUGGCAGUGAGACCAUCGCUUCAAGCGAAGAAGAGGCUGAGUAUAAAAGAAUUGAAGCAGGAAUAGUAAAGAUGAUACAGAAGCUUAAGGAUGUUAAUGGGUAA